AUGUCAAGCAAUCAAAAUAGCGCAUCUAACAACAGAAAUAAUUCCUCAACUGGCACCGAAUCGACAUUGGGGGACACUAAGCAACAGGAUAAACUUCCAGCUUCAGAAACCAGAUUGGAGUCGGAAAAACAUGCCGGUAGACAAAGCAAUGGUCACAAAGACCACUCUUCUUCGUCAUCAGUAUCAACUUCAAAGGGAGGUUCUGAAGAUCCAAAACCUUUCACCGAAAAGGAUCUAGAGUUGGGACCACUUCAUGAUUACAAUGAUAUUAUAUCACACCACACUCAAGGAGAUAUGUUAUCAAGGAUCGAGAGUAACCCGGUGUUAUCACGUCAAUUGACUAGAAGAAUGUUAAAGAUGCCAGAAUCCAUUGAAGAAGCAUAUGAUGAAGACGUUGCUCGUGCAUGGGGAGAUAAUCGAGCUUUUCCACCACCACUCCCUGAUAAAGAUGCUUAUUGUGUUACAUUCAAUGGUCCUGAUGAUCCAUACAGCCCACGAAACUAUCCAGCUUCAAAAAAAUUCCUUUAUUGCUUCACAGCGGGGUUUUCAGCCAUGUACGUUUCACUUGGAUCCGCUUACUUUUCACAAGGAAAUAAAGAGGUUAUGGAAAUAUUUCACGUUGGACAAACCGUUGCAGCAUUGGCUACUUCGCUUUAUGUUUUUGGGUUUGCUUUGGGUCCAAUUGUUUAUGGCCCAUUGUCUGAAUUGUACGGAAGAAAGCCAAUAAUGAUUUUCUCUGCCUUUGGCUACUCGGUGUUCUUGUUUGGUGUUGCAGCAGCCAAGGACUUACAGACCAUCAUGUUAUGUCGUUUCUUUGCUGGUUUCAUUGGAAGUGGACCUUUCCCCUUGGCACCGGCAAUCAUGGUUGACUUGUUGGAAGACAGACCCAGAAGUGUUGCAGUUAACAUCUUUGUGGGCACAAUCUUUGGUGCACCAAUGCUAGCACCAAUCCUAGGUGGGUUCACAACAAAGAAUAGUGCACUAGGAUGGAGAUGGAAUUCUUACUUUUCUGCACUAAUUGGCUGUGUUGCAUUGAUACUCAAUAUCUUUUGCUUGGAAGAAACGCAUCACCCCCUUAUACUAGCCAGAAGAGCUGAGUGGUUAAGAAGAAAGACUGGCAACUGGGGAAUCUUCGCACCUCAAGAGGAACUUAGACUUAGUUUGAAAGAAAUUGCCAAGAACAGUCUUUUGCGUCCAUGGGAACUAUUAUUUUUGGAACCGAUUGUGUUCCUCAUUUGCAUUUACAAUGCAUUCAUAUAUGGUAUGUUAUAUUCGUUUUUGACGGUGAUUCCCCUCAUUUUUGGUGGUAGAUUUGGAUGGUCACAAGGGGUGGCAGAAUUACCGUAUGUAUCUAUGAUGAUUGGGGUUGCUAUUGCUGGAGCUAUGAUUAUCUUUUAUGAGCGAUGGUACAAUAAUAAAAUUGAUAGGACGGGUGAGAAAUGGACUCCUGAGUCAAGAUUACCUCCGAUAAUGGUAGGCGGGUUUGCAUUUGUUAUUGGAAUAUUCUGGUUAGGAUGGACCGGGGACUAUCCUGAACAUGUUCAUUGGAUCGUUCCGGUCAUUGGUGCGUGUUUCGUUGGGAUUGGUUUGAUAUUGAUUUUCUUACCAACGUUGAAUUAUUUAAUUGAUUGUUACGUGCAUGUACCUGCUUCAAUCUUGGCUGCUAAUACUUUCAUGAGGGCAUCAUUUGGGGCUGCGUUUCCAUUGUUUGAUACACAAAUGUUUAACAAUUUGACGAUCAAAUGGGCGGCAACGUUGAUUGGGUGUUUAGCGGCAUUGAUGAUUCCAGUGCCCUUCUUGUUUUACAAGUACGGUGCUUACGUGAGAAGCAAAUCGAAAUUUGCUUUGAAAUAG